UUUUUUUCUUUAUGCUCUUUUUUUCUCCAUUCAUGUUACUGCCAGAUAUUAUUCUCUAUUCCAUACCUUCAUUCUUAUUUUAUUUGUGUACAGAGAAACAUCAACAAUAUACCCCUGAUAUCGUCCUAGUAUUUAUUACAAUCAUCCAACUGCUAAUUCCGAUCUCCUAUCGUGGCGCUGGUCUUUGGAAAGAAAAUGAUUUCUUCGUUGCGUUGAGUAUAUCUCUCGGCUCCCGUAUGAUGUUUUAUAUACAUGAUCUACGACAGUGUGGAAACAAUCAAGAAAAACGACAACAACUCGCUGUUUUUUACCAAGCCCGUCACCAAUGGAACGAAAGCCCUACUCGAUCUUCCAACAACCACAAAGACACAACAUCUUCAAAUGGUGAGGAUAAUGCCAUUACCAGAAUGACAGCAUCAACAACAACGUCAACACCUUCUUCUUCUUUGAAUGAUGUUAAACCUGUUUCUCUCUCUGUGAUUUAUCAUGACAGUCGACGUUGGUUCUUGAAGUACGUGACAUAUAUAGCGUUGUUGGUUCCUAUCAUGUCAUUUUUUGAUGGCCUGCUCCACGUGUGUUCGUUCCCUCCGACAGCAAACUCCAUUCUAUACUGGUAUCCGUGGAAAACGCUGGCAUACUACCUAGUGACUUUCUUGAUUGUACAUCCUUAUUUACAUGCCGUGGAUUUGAUUUAUCGAUUCUUCUUGUCGGCACACUUGAUGAUGAUGGUAUUAUGGACAAAAACAAAGCCGACAAAAGACUGUAUGACUUCGCUAUUGCACCACUAUCAUGAUAGUCGUCAUUAUAUCUUGCAACCUUCUUUGUUUGAUCAACCUUGGCUAGCUCAUUCGGCACACAAUCUAUGGAGUUGUCGAUGGCAUCAACUCCUCCGUCCUGGAUUCAAGAAGUUGGUUUACGACCCUGUACGAUCACUUUUCCCGGAAGAAAAGGCAAAUAAUACGUCAAUCAUGGGCGUAUGUAUGGGACGCAUUGCUGCAAUCAUGGCUGUGUUUUUGGCAUCUGGAUUAUUACAUGAUUAUAUCCUGUUGGCAAGGGUGGGUCUUUCCGCCAUUCGAUCGUAUCCUGGGAUGCUUGGACAACAGACAAUUUUUUUUCUUCUUCAAGGUGUAGCUACGGUAAUCAGUUCUCCUUGUAUGCCAUGGUAUCGUUUUUUGUCGCGUGCUGUACCAAUGUGGCUAGCUCGUUUACUAACGUUGGUGUGGUUUGUCUUUACCCUUCCGAUCUUCAUUGUGCCCUUUUCAAGAAAUGGAUCCCUUUUGCUACCUGGUACAGGUCUGUACCCAAGAUUUUUUGAUUCUCACAUUGGCUUCCUAUGUCCUUAUGGCACCAUCGAUACAUCAAGUUGAAUGAUGAUUAGUUUAGUUUUAUUUAUUGGCCCUUCUUUUUUUUAUCACAGUCAAAUAAAUAAACACACUUGUCUUGAACUAUCAUAUGAA